AUGGACAGCUCUACCUUCCUUCCGCUGGCGUUCUUGAUCAACCCGUUUGCUAGCUUCACCUCAGCCUUUGGCCCCAAUGGCAUCUCCAAUCUUGUCAGCGGCCCAUCCACCGGGGGCGGCUCGACCUGCAUUUCUGGCCACAUCACGCUAUCUAUCAAUACACCCGGGAUCAAACUUCUUUACGAGGCGCCUCAAGAUCAAAUGGCCGUAACAGAAUCAUUCGUCGAGUUGUUCCAGGUAGACUCAACCUUCGGCGCCGAAGUCACCGCUGGGGGGCCCAGUGUCAUUUCCGGCGAUUACGACAUUUUUGUCAAGCUCUGCCUACCCAGUGACCCUGAGAUCUUGGCCCAGGUCAAGACAGUGCAGCUGUUAACACACGGAGCUACUCUCGACCACACCUACUGGGAUAUUGCCCCAGGCUACAGCUACGUCGACGUGGCCUCGGCAGCAGGCUACGCCACGCUCUCCUACGACCAGCUGGGCGUGGGUAAUUCGGACCACCCGGAUCCCAUCCAGGUCGUGCAGGCCACCGCCCAGGUCGCCGUCACACACGCGCUGGUCGAACUGCUCCGGAACGCCGAGCUGGGCGGGUACCGCUUCGACAAAGUCGUGGGCGUCGGACACAGCGCGGGAAGCACGCUGACCCAGGGCAUCACUACACAGUACCCGCAGGACUUCGACGCCGUGAUCUUGUCCGGCACCAGCGCCAGCGCGGCCUCGGUCCCGCUGACCAUGGCGGCCUUCAACCUCAUCAACGCAAACACAGACCCCGCACCCCAGUUCCAGCACCUACCAGCCGGCUUCCUGACGCAGCAGUCAGCCGCCGGCAUCCAGUUCGCCUUCUACCGGCAACCCAACUUCGACGAGGACGCGUUCCGCCAGCAGGUUGCCCACAAGCAGACGAACACGCUGGGCGUCCUGCUCACGCUAGGCGGCAUCGUGGCGCCGUCGACGGAAUUUACUGGGCCGGUGGACAUGGUCAACGGCGAGAACGAUCUCGUCUUCUGCGGUGGAAACUGUCUCUACCCGACAGAUCAGAACAGCGCAGCCUUGUCGAUAUUCUACCCGGCAGCGUCGGAGCGAAGUCAGACGUAUAUUGCGGCGGGGGCUGGACAUUCUAUCGCCGCCCACAAGAGUGGGCCGGAUAGCUUCAAGCACAUGAUCCAGUUCUUACAGGACAACGGUCUGUGA